UCUAUGAUCUACCCACCCGCCGCAUGCCUAACAUUUUUGGACUUAAACGCUGCAAUUUCCCCAUUGUCCUGAUUUGUGUGCCUUCGUUUCCCUGAGAUAUUUCGUCGGAAAUUUUUUGUUUGUUUCUGUUCGUUUUGUGGGUAUAGCUAUGGAGUCUUCUGUAAAUUCCCGCCACAAACGCACUUUUCUGUCCAAUAUGGAGCCUUCUCUUUCUUUCGAUUGUUUCCAAUUUUGACCUUUUCUGUUUGGUUUUCCCUCUCUCUCUCUGUGGAAAAUUCAGAGAAUGGUCAACAAAAUCAGGGGAUGGUAAUGGGGGAAAUCCUUAAACAUGCUGCGGCGCAAGUGCUGGAGCUGAUUGAGCUGAGGAACAUUUGAUGUUUCCAAGAAAAAAAAACACAGAAAUCUCUGUUUCUCAUUCCAAUUUGAGGGGGAGAGAACAGAGAAGGAUGGGAUUUUAUGCUCAUCUGAGUCGAGUGGGUUGUUUUCUUUAGCCUGGAAAAGGUUUGAAGUCUUGAGGCUGCGGUGCACCAUUGUUGAUAAUCUUGUUGUCUGCGUAGAAAUUUGUUGAGGAGAACAAGAAUGGCGACUCCCCAGGUGCAAACUUCUGUCUCUGAGUGUGUGCUGAGAAACCAGAGCCAUUUUCUCAAGGUUUUGGUGAGUUCUUGCGGUUCCGAUCGGCGGGGGGACGAUUCAGAUUCCGAGGAAAACAGUCCCGUUAUUGACAUUACGGACCUGUGGGUUCAUAAGCCCCAAUAUCUAGAAAAAACGCGUAGGAAUGAUGAAAGGAAUACGAGUUCUGAGGAUUCUGGUAAUAAUUGGGAUAAAGUCAGAGAAAUUGUUGCGUUUUCCGGGAAGGGGAAAAACGCGGGCGAGAAUAAAUUGGAGAAUUCGCCGUCUAGGUCAGAUGCCUCGGCGGCGCAGGUUCCUAAUUCCGGCGGCGUCUCCUCCCUUGUGCGGCGGUGGAGAGACUUCGAAGUUGUGGCGAACAACAACAACAACAAUUCCUCUAUUAGCAUCUCCAGAAGCAACUCCACCUCAUCUACACUGUGCGAUGAUUCCUCAAUCGACGGAAGGCUCGUUCAAUCGUCCUCCGGCGACGGCGAAUCCGACCGGACGAUGCCUCCUUUGCGCGACAAAGACUCCGAUGCCUCGGAGAGAGAGAGGCUAAAGGUCUCCGAUAUCAUCAAAAAACUGACCUGCAACGUCAUCGGCGGCGAAGAAAAUCACAGCGAUCACGGAGGCAUUGAAUCCCCAUCGCCGCGGCUUAGAACUCCGUCCGAUCAUCACUCCCCGGCCGUGAAAUCGCCUCGCUUCAUCAGAGGCCGCCACGCGUUUGCUGAUUUGCUUAUGCAGAUGGAGCGCGAUAGGGUUAGGGAGAUUGAAGGACUUAUGGAACGCAAAACCGUCUCAAAGUUCCAGCACAAAGGCCGGAUUCAGGCUAUGUUUCGGCUUAAACUCAUAAGGGGUCCGGUGGAUGCCAAUGACAGUCGGCCAUUACAUUUCAAGGCGUCUGAAUCGAACAAAUCAAAACAAUCUUCAAUAAUGAAUCUGAGGGACAGAUUCAAUGCUGGGCUUCAGCAAGGUGUUGCGGAUUCCAAAACAACUUCCAAAGAGGAGAGUAUUGGCUCAAUAAGCCCUAAUAGAGACGUUGUCGAUCGUACCUUAGUAAUUGGAAAUGUUUCCACUUCUUGUCAGGUGAAAGAAGAGAAACAUCCUCAACAAGGGGUGGAAACCUCGUUAAGUCCACAGAAAAGGUCUGCUGAACCAAGUACCCGACAUUCGGGGAGCAGUUCUAUUGCAGGCAUUCAACUUGACGGGUGUUCUAAUAGCAAAGAAAUUAACUCUGCUGUCUACGAAGUAACAGGGCAAAACGUGAGCUCUGGAGUUGGGCAUAAUGAGUCAAUAAAAUCUUUGGAGAUUGCAAGGCCUCUAGAAACUGGGGAUACCGAAGAAAGGAAAGAAAACGGUCAGCAGGUUGCGGGAACCAGUGAAUGGGGCUGGGUAAACGAGUAUUCUCACAUGCGAAAUGGAUCAGAUGAAUCGCAGUACGAUUUCAGGGAACAAGAAGAUGCCAGUCAAGAUUGGAUAAUUGAUGUUUCUCGCCCACAGAGUGUGUGGGAAGAUCUUAGGCAAGCUAGAUACCAAGAAAUGCUCGAUCCUUUCUUAGAUAAUCAUGACAUUCAAGAACUCCUCAAAAGGAGAAGCGUUUCGAAUUUCCUUUAUGGAGGCAUGAGGGAGAUCAUAGAUCGGCUAAUGAUAUCCCGCUCACAAGGACACCAAAGAACAAUUGAUACUGCUGUGCAAGAAGUAAAAGAACAAACAGCAGCAGAUGGCGGUGACAGGGUGGAAGAGAAACGAUGCAUUGCAAGUGGGGAAGGUGAACAUCAAGAAGGGGAAGACGAAGAAGAAGUUGAUAACCGUGAAGAAGAUAAUGGUGAUAAUGAUGAAUAUGGUUGUCAAAUCCAACAACUAAAUGGACCUGCAGGUUCAGUUGAUCAGACAUGGAGCUACAAUCAAGGCCGCGAUUUGAGUGAUGAAUCUGAUCAGACCACAUCUGCAUACUCCCAAAACAACGAACCAUUCCGGUCCCCCUCCCAAAGGCAUCCUUCAAUUGAAAUACAACUCAUCUAUGAACUAAAGACUCACAUGGAGCAACUCCAUCAAGAGAUGUUUGAAAUACGAAGAUCAUUAAAGAGUUGCGUGAACAUGCAAAUGAAACUACAACGUUCCAUCAAGCACGAAGUCACAGCCGUGCUUGCUCAAUCAGGGCAUAAGAGGGGGAAAGGUUCAGGCAAUAAACGCUUACGCAAAGGGUAUUGUUGCAUUUGCCAGGACACGAAAGUGGAUUCUCUUCUUUACAGAUGCGGGCAUAUAUGCACCUGCUUCAACUGCGCUCGCCAGUUGCAAUCAGGCGACGGGAAGUGUCCAAUAUGUCAAGCUCCCAUCCUAGACGUCGUGCGAACACACACUCAUUAACACAAGCAAAAAAGGGUUCAUGCUUAAGAUGAGAUGUAUAAUUCUGGAAUAGGUUUGUGCAGGUUAUUAAUCUGUUAAUGUGCAUAUCACAUUUCUACAAAAAAAAAAAAAAUGUGCAUAUCACAUCAGAUUGACUGAUGAUGAAUGCCCACUCUUCUUCACUGAACCUAACGGAUAAUGCAUCUUCUUUUGGAAUUUUAUGAGUGAUGGUGAAAUUCUGCUCCUA